UGGAUAUUAAUUAAUGUACAGAAACGGAAAUUGUGAAAAUUUAUCCUUUUGAAAGAAUGAGUCUUAAUCUUUUCAAUUGUGUUUUAAUUAUAUCAACAAUUAACUUCUCAUCUGGUUGCGAGUGUGGCCUUGAAGGUUCAAUCAGCCGAAUCUACAGAGGUCAAAAGACUCGACCCCAUAAAUAUCCUUGGUUAGCACAAAUUCAUUCAUAUGAAAAUCGUGAUGAUGAUGAAUUUCAUUUUUGCGGUGGCUCAUUGAUUGAUGACCAACACGUUAUUACUGCAGCUCAUUGUUUGAGCAAAACAACAUAUGGGAAGAAAAUUCUGAUCCUGUUUGACCCUAAAAACAUCCAUGUUUAUCUUGGUUUAUAUGCAUUCAACACAACAAACACUAGACCAGAAUCAGUUUCUAGGAUUUGGGUUCACCCAAAAUUCAAAGAUUUUACUAAUUCACACGAUAUCGCCAUCUUAACUCUCUCAAGACCAGUUAAAUUUACUGAGAAAAUUUUCCCUAUAUGUUUACCAAACGACGAGCUAGAUUUGGAUAAUCUUGUUAUUACAGGGUGGGGAUUAACAUCGCCAAAUGGUAAUGUAAGUGAAUUUCCACAGGAAGUCGAUGUUUCAUAUUUGACCACCAAAGAGUGCCUGAGACAACAGAGUAUAUUCUUUAUGAAUGAAUUUAAUUUGGACCCGAUAGUAAGAGAGAUAAUAAACUUUUCCGCUACUGGAGAAACUCAUAUUUGUGCCGUAAAUCUGAAAACCCAAGGAAGUGUUUGUAAAGGUGAUUCUGGAGGUCCUUUGAUGCAUAAAGACAAAGGAAUAUACUAUCUUGUUGGUAUAGCCUGUGCAGUGUGGGAACCAUGUGGUCCAAGUAUAUCAUCCACUGGUGUUUACACUCGAACUGAUAUUUAUCGAGAUUUUAUCAAGAGUAUUGCUAUAAAUUCAUUUAAAGUGAAAAUGGCAAAUACAGAAUUAAAUGUAGAAUUAAAUAACUGCAUCAAAAUCAAAUCAAAGUGUGGUAUCGAAGGUUCAAUCAGCCGAAUCUAUAGAGGUCAAAAGACUCGACCCCAUAAAUAUCCUUGGUUAGCACAAAUUCUUUUAUACUCAGAUCUUAUUAAUCACUACUAUGCUUAUUGUGGGGGCUCUUUGAUUGAUGAUCAGCACGUCAUCACUGCAGCUCAUUGUGUAACCAUCUACCAAAAGGAAACGCUCAAUAAUCCUAAUAAUAUCCAUGUUUACCUUGGUUUAUAUGCAUUCAACACAACAAACACUAGACCAGAAUCAGUUUCUAGGAUUUGGGUUCACCCAAAAUUCAAAGAUUUUACUAAUUCACACGAUAUCGCCAUCUUAACCCUCUCAAAACCCGUAAAAUUUACUCAAAAAAUUUUACCGAUUUGUUUACCGAAUACUGAGAUAGAUUUGGAUCAUCUUGUUACUGCAGGAUGGGGGAGGACAUUGCCAAAUGGUACAGCAAGUGAAUUUCCACAGGAAGUUGAUGUUUCAUAUUUGACCACCAAAGAGUGUCAGAGACGACAGAGUAUAUUCUUCAUGAAUGAAUUUAAUUUGGACCCGAUAGUAAGAGAGAUAAUAAACCUUUCCGCUACUGGAGAAACUCAUAUUUGUGCCGUAAAUCUGAAAACCCAAGGAAGUGUUUGUCAAGGUGAUUCUGGAGGUCCUUUGAUGCAUAAAAACAAAGGAAUAUACUAUCUUGAAAUCAAACUUGUGAUUGUUAAUAGAGUUAUUAACGAAAUUGACCAAAUACAAUUAAGAACCAUGUUAAUUUGCGGUGGCUCAUUGAUUGAUGACCAACACGUUAUUACUGCAGCUCAUUGUUUGAGCAAAACAACAUAUGGGAAGAAAAUUCUGAUCCUGUUUGACCCUAAAAACAUCCAUGUUUAUCUUGGUUUAUAUGCAUUCAACACAACAAACACUAGACCAGAAUCAGUUUCUAGGAUUUGGGUUCACCCAAAAUUCAACGAUUUUACUAAUUCACACGAUAUCGCCAUCUUAACUCUCUCAAGACCAGUUAAAUUUACUGAGAAAAUUUUCCCUAUAUGUUUACCAAACGACGAGAUAGAUUUGGAUAAUCUUGUUAUUACAGGGUGGGGAUUAACAUCGCCAAAUGGUAAUGUAAGUGAAUUUCCACAGGAAGUCGAUGUUUCAUAUUUGACCACCAAAGAUUGCCUGAGACAACAAAGUAUAUUCUUUAUGAAUGAAUUUAAUUUGGACCCGAUAGUAAGAGAGAUAAUAAACUUUUCCGCUACUGGAGAAACUCAUAUUUGUGCCGUAAAUCUGAAAACCCAAGGAAGUGUUUGUAAAGGUGAUUCUGGAGGUCCUUUGAUGCAUAAGGCCAAAGGCUUAUACUAUCUUGUUGGUCUUGUUUCUGGUUCAUGGGAACCAUGUGGUCCAAGUGUAACAUCCGCUGGUCUUUACACUCGAAUUGAUCUUUAUCGAGAUUUUAUCAAGAGUAUUGCUAUAAAUUCAUGUUGGAAAGAUUAA